ACGGGCGUCGUGAUUUCCCAAGUGCCCGAGAGCUCCGCCGACUCCAGCUGGGACCGGGAGACGGAAUGGCAGCCGCCGCCACCGCGAAGAUGGAAGCGAUUUUCGCCACGAAUAAAGGGGAACACCCUGAACCCCUCAAGGCAGAAGUACAGGGCGAUAUCCCAAGUUGGAUGGAAGGGAUUCUCCUUCGCAAUGGUCCAGGCAUGCACACCAUCGGGGAAACCAAAUUCAAUCACUGGUUUGACGGCAUGGCUCUGCUGCACAGUUUUACAAUCAAAAAUGGUGAAGUUUUCUAUCGAAGCAAAUACCUCCGCAGCGACACGUACAAGCAUAACAUAGAAGCCAACAGAAUUGUGGUGUCGGAAUUUGGAACCAUGGCGUAUCCAGAUCCGUGCAAAAACAUAUUUUCCAAGGCAUUCUGUUAUCUAUCCCACACGAUACCCGAGUUCACAGACAACUGUCUUGUCAAUAUCAUGAGAAAUGGCGAGGAUUACUACGCCGCCAGUGAGGUCAAUUUCAUGAGAAAGAUUGAUCCCAGGACUCUAGAAACCUUGGAGAAGGUUGACUACACAAAGUAUGUAGCCAUCAAUCUGGCAACAGCCCAUCCUCAUUAUGACAGUGCUGGAAAUACUCUGAAUAUGGGCACCUCUAUUGUGGAGAAGGGGAAAACCAAAUACGUUAUCUUUAAGAUCCCUGCUUCAGCACCAGCAAGUGAAAAGAAGAAAAAGAAGACGUGCCUGAAGCACCUGGAAGUCCUCUGUACCAUCCCCUCCCGUUCCCUUUUGAAUCCGAGUUAUUUUCACAGCUUUGGCAUUUCAGAAAAUUACAUCCUCUUCAUAGAGCAGCCUUUCAAACUGGAUAUACUCAAGCUGGCCACAGCCUAUAUUAGAGGGGUGAACUGGGCUUCCUGCCUCGUCUUCAAUAAGGAUGACAAGACGUGGUUUCACCUCAUCGACAGGAAGACCAAAAAAGAUGGGUCUGCCAAGUUCUACACCGAUGCCAUGGUCUCCUUUCACCAUGUGAAUGCUUAUGAGGAAGAUGGCCAUAUGGUUUUUGACAUCAUCUCCUAUACAGACAAUAGCCUGUACCAAAUGUUCUAUUUAAAGAACCUGGAUAGUGACUUUGAGGACAACGUGAAGCUCACCGCCAUACCCACCUGCAAGCGUUUUGUGGUUCCUCUGCAGUACGACAAGGAUGCAGAAAUAGGCUCCAAUUUGGUCCGACUCCCAUCGACCACGGCGACAGCAGUGAAGGAAAAAGAUGGUAGCAUCUACUGCCAGCCCGAAACGCUGUGUGAAGGAGUUGAACUCCCUCGCAUCAACUAUGAUUACAAUGGCAAAAAGUACAGGUAUAUCUUUGCCACAGAGGUGAAAUGGAGCCCAGUUCCCACGCAGGUAAUUAAAUUUGACGUUCUGACAAAGGAAAAACUUCACUGGGAAGAAGAGCACUGCUGGCCAGCUGAACCCGUCUUUGUUCCUAAACCAAAUGCCAAAGAGGAAGAUGACGGUAUCAUCUUGUCAACCAUUGUGACCUCUGAUCCCCAGAAGCUCCCUUUCCUGCUGAUACUGGAUGCCAGAACAUUUAAGGAACUAGCUCGGGCCGUAGUAAAGGUAGACAUGCACUUGGAUUUACAUGGAAUCUUCAUCCCUCAGAAGGAUUUGAAAAUGGAGCAAGAGCCAGAUUUGUACAAAGAACCUGAGUAAAGGACAGUUCUAUCUUAUAAUGACAUGAAUUCAGCCUGUUGUAAAGUAUUCCCGGAUUUGUUUUACUCCAGUUCUUUGAACUUUGAACUGUAUUAACCUGCACCACUGGAGUAAUGACCUGGUUCUUGCAGCACGGUGAUCAGAAAAAUCAUAGCUUUUCUUGUUUGGUAUUGCAAAAUGCAGGAUCCAGGCCAUUGCACUGUGGACUGAAGGAGAGUGCUGCACAGGUGGCCUGCCCCUCUCUUCCCUUGGAGGCCCUUAGCUAUACCUUCAGUCCAGAGGCUUUACUGCCUGCUCCUUUCAGCACUGGUGAUGUGGGGUGGGAAGAAGGUUUAGCCAUGCCAGCCUGUGCUCAUCUUUGCAUCCUUGAGAUGAGAUUGUGGCCCACUUCCUAUCAAUAGCAGAUGAGGCAGCAGCAGUGGAGGCUGGUGGAUCCGAUUUCGGUGGGCUAUGAAUCCAUUCUGGGUUCUGGUAAGAACCAGCCAGAACUCUAAAGGAUCUAUCCAAGAUGCUAAACCAAUUUUGUGGAUAGGGUUCAGCACAUUGGAUAGCUCCUUUAGAGUUCACUACAUUAAGGGAAAUUGCGUUGUUUACCUGGGGCUUUUGUGCUUUCUGAUUCUUUGGCGCUAUUGUUAUCGGCUGGAUUACAUGAGAGGAGAGGGAUGACAAGGGGUUUGAAUUGAAUACUUCCCCUUCCUUCACUUCUAUUGAGACUGUGCCAUCUAGUGAUGGAACGUCCCGCUUUUCCCCAGCUAUUACCAAAAUUAAAAGUGGCUCUUUUCAUAUCGGGAUUUCCAGGGAUACCGCAGGAAACAUCCCGGUCAUUGACAACGUCAUGCAAUUGACCCGAAAACUUCUGUGAGUGGCCAAUCACGAGCAUGCAAUAAAUUGCUCAUUUAGAAUGAAUUCACAGAAUGAAUUCACAGAGGUCCACCGAAAUGGGAGCUACCAGCUUCCACUUGGUAGUAGAAUCCUAGAAUUUUAAAGUUGGAAAGAACAUUGACGGUCAUAAACUCCAACUCAGUGCAAGAAUCAUGCAAUGACAGCAUUCCUGACAGAUGGCCUCCCAGCCUCUGCUUAAAUACCUCCAAUGAAGGUUGCUCACAACCUCCAGGUGCAGUCUGUUCCACUGCUGAACAGCUCUUACAGUUAGGGAGUUUCACAAACUGUUUGUCUGCUUCCAUGCAAUUUCAAUCCCUCAGGUUCUAAUCCUCUCAAGCAACAAAAAACAAGUCUCUUCCAUCUUCUAUGUGACAGCCCCUCAGUGAUUAGUAGACAGCUAUUGACCUGACAAUCAAGCUAUGCACCUUUUUAUUUAGAUUUUUUUAAAGGGAACUGCUGAUGAUGAUGAUGAAGAAUUAUUAUUUCCUGGCAAAAUUGGAUGAAAUUUGCAGGGAUGGUUGCCCCUUCUGAGGGGAUUGAACCUGGCAAGUUUCAGGUGAAUAGGUGCUGGGGGUUUUGUGCAAGAGCACCCUUUACAUGUUGAUGGUCUCUCUCCCCCCCCCCCCCACAUACACACCCAAAAAAGGAUGUAUUUAUCUCCCUAUGCUCCAUGUGGACCAGUCUUCUGAAAAUGACAGACUGUAUAGAAGUGGCCCUAAGUAAGAAAAACUGCAAUGUUUCAGAAGGAUAGGUGCCGCGGUUUAUAUCGAAGAGGACUCCUCAAAUUUGGGAGGAAAAUUUGGGAGGAAAAUUCACCAAGUUGUUUGUGGGGCAAUUCAUAUUGAAAUGAUACACAUUGCAGAGGUGUAGAGAGCCAGUGUGGUGCAGUGGCUAGAGUGCUGGCCUGGAAGUCAGGAGAUCCGGGUUCUAGUCCCCACUCAGCCAUGGAAGGUCACUGGGUGACUUUGGGCCAGUCGCAGACUCUCAGCCCAAGCUACCUCACAGGAUUGCUAUUGUGAGGAUAAAAAAAAAUUAUUUAUUUAUUUAUUUAAAACAUUUAUAUCCCACCCUAUAUCAUUAAGAUCUCAGAGCGGCAUACAGAUAAAAGCAUACAGUAUAAAACAAUAAAUAUGCACAGUUAAAAACAAAUUAAACCACAAACCAAGUUAAAAUGAUAUUUAAUUUAAAAGCAGUAAAAACAGUUAAAACAAUGUGCCAGUGAGGAGAGGAGGAGGAGGAUUAUGUAUGCCGACUUGAGUUCCUUGGGUGGAAAAGUAGGAUAUAAAUGCAGUAAAUAAGUAAAAAAUAAGUGAUUAGUGUCUCUGGGCAAGAUACCUGAAACAUUUCAGAAAGAUAGGUGAGUGAGUUAUGCUACUUGAAAACCAGUUUAAGGCCUUUCUCCAUAGUGAAGCCAGGUGGCACUGGAAGAAUGGCCAUCUCACCGUCCCAUCCUCGUCCUCUUCCAAAGCACAGUGAUUAGAGCCGGUGUUGAAACAAGUUCUAUAAUUAGAAGGUGGACCUGUCAAUCACUCAAUCUCCAUCCCACCUCAUCAGUGCUUAGAGAAACAAAAACGAAAGAUGCUAUUUUUGGAGACAUGCUGUCUGCCUUGCUGAAGCCGAAUACUGAACGAAGCCCUAUGUAAGCUCUAGCGUCAUUCUGGUCAUUUCAGAGGAAAGCCAGCUUUGCCUCAGGAAGUACUAUUACAUAUAAUCUCCUGGCAGGGAUCUAGGCACAGGCCUGCAGCAAGAUUAGACCUAGGCCCUUUCUACACCUAAGGAUUAUCCCAGGAAAAUGGAGGGAUCGUCCCUGUCUGCUCCCGGGAUCCCCUGUGUGUCAUUUGCAUGCACAGGGAUGAUCCCGGGACGAUCCCAGGGAAAAAGGCAGGUGUAGAAAUGGCCCAAGUCCAAAGGAAGAGACAUGGAAAGGAGCCUGGGUUGUUCUUAAGGACACGGCAGGUCCGGUAUCAACCGUAGGCAGGUUUGGGUAACUGACAAAAGUCUCCUAGAGUUGCUCCUCUUCAACAUCACCACCUUCUUGUUAACCUGUCUCUCACUCUGGCCCAGACAGUGGUGGUGGUGAGGAGGUGAGGAGGAGGGGGGGAGCAGAUGCCCUUGCCUACGUGCUCAUUGGCUUGUGUCCUAAUUAGGCUUUUCAUAGCAGCUAGUGACCAUGGUGCUAAGAAGGUAGACUCAUUGAGGGAGGGGUCCCAUUGGGAGUAUCUUACCCAAAGGUCCUCAAAACCCGAGGGGUGGGGUGGGGGAUAAUACACAGUUAAUUUUACCUGCUUUGUGUGAGAUAUGCCUUAAUCAUUCCAAAGCGGACUUGAACUAGACAAAAAUGGUGGUUUUGAAUUGUUGUACCCAUCAGAAGCCUUGGAAAUGCAAAACGAAUAUGUCUUUGUGUAGGACAGAGGCCUGCAUCUCCUUUUCUCUGUGUGUUUUAGUUUCUGGCAGGGCUUGCAAGGUGUUUGAUUCUGCACAGGGAACUCAUGGCUGUUAGCCGCUGAAGCAAGUGUGUUUACAAAGUGGUGUACGAUGUGAGUCACACUUGCCAAGCUUUUAUGUAAGCUUUGUGGGUUGUUUUUUGAACGCUGCAUGCAAGGAAAGAAACCUCACAACCAACUAUCAUCUGGGUUUGUCAGAAGUUUGAGGUCCACCAGGUGCUUCAUUUCCUAAGUCCAAUGAUCAAACCAAAGUGAAAUGCCAGAUUAAGGUGCCAAAAAGCUUUUUGACCAGAUGUUUAGAUACAGCUUCUGCUAUCGUGAAUCAUUUUCUGGAGCCUUUCAAUAGAAGGAAAUGUUUAUUCCUUUUUUUAAAAAUAUAAGAAUCAUCAGACUUCAAUUCAAAUCCAGCAUGGUUGUAUUUAACUUUAAGGUUGUAUUUGAAUUAUAUGUAAACCAAGCUUUUCUCUCUCAAA